AUGGCCGCUCUUAGAGUCUUCUCUCUUUACAUAUCUAGCAGUGUAACGAGAUGAUCUUGGCUGAAUGAUGUCCGCGGCGUCGCGGAGAUGACCAUCUCAAUCGCCGGCGAGUGACGUCUGACGUCGAGUAUCAAAAUGUGAUUGACAAUCGCGCGGUUUCGAAGCAGUCGCGACGAGCCUGUACCUCAUUCCUUCUUCCAUCUCUGAGAGUCGAGUUUGCGGAGAGAUGUCCGGCGAUAAAUCGCGCGAAAGUCCGGGAUCAAUGGCGGUCGCGGCGAAUUCCUUCGACGCCUGGCUCAGCAAGAAGUUGCAGGCCCUCAACACGGACGAGGGUGUCUUCGGUACGUACAUCAAGAGCAUCCUCGAGAGCGACGAGUCCGAGGACGAGAAGACUGAGGCGCUUGAAAGCAUACUCGCGGGCAUAACGGAGGAUAAUAUCAGUAAACAUGUAGCAGAAAUCUUAAGCGCGUGGGCAGAGUGGUUGCCAGCUAAAGAUUUAACUACGGCAUCUGCACCAACAGAAGAUGUCGAUGUUAGAUUAGCUAAGAUGUUGGAAUCACAGAGUCUGCCUACAACAACACAGAGGAGCUAUACAGAGGAAGAGAGACGAAUACGGGAAGCUAUACUAGCGCAAUAUAGUCAAAUGUCUGAUGAAGAUAAUAGCGAAGGAGAUGGGGAAGAAGAAGGAGCCGGCGGUGGAGAUUGUGGAAUUGAAAAAAAUUUAAAUGCAGCCACUAUUGUACAACAAGAAAGAGAAAAAAGAGAAAAGGCCAAGCUUGAAAGCCAAAAAAAGAAAGAGAAAGAUAAAGAAGACAGAGAAAAACAAAAACAAUUGAAAGAAGAAAAAAAAGAGAAAAGAAAAACUCAAAAAGGAGAGAGACGAAGGUAGCAUCGAAACAAAAGCAAUGCAAAAUUUACCUCAAAUUACCAAAUACAUAUAUGCUGCUGUAUUCGUAUACAUCUAUCCUUAUUGUCGUGUAUGCAACGAUCUCUGACAAUUAUUUAAACCAGUCAACCAUCUUAUAUUUUCAUUAAAAGAAUAUAUGUGUGUAGUAUCCAUGUCGUUAGAAGAUGAAUUUGUAGACUCAAUAUGAAUGCAUCACAAAAGGAUAUCUUCUACGAUAUCCUUCAUAAUGUUGGAUCAUCCUGUGCCUUCUGUCUAAAACAUCGUCCCCUUCCUCGAGAGGUUAGUUACUUAUACUCAUCCUUUUUUAUCCUUUUUAACAUAAUUUUAUAAUUUAUAUUCAGAACUUCUCUCUGUGUGUAUAAUAUUGUUUGCUAUUAAAAUGUAAUAAUUAUUAAAUACUAUUAAUUUAAAAGCAAAACAAUCCAUGUUUACUCGACAACAGUUCUGAAUAUAAAUGUAAUUUUCAUCUCUUGAUACGCUUAGCACAUUGCGUUUUAUUUUAUUAUACGAAUAUGUUAAAUAAACUAUUUAAAUCGUCGAUGAUAUUUGAUAUUGAAUACUCUGUAGAAUAUAUAUCCAAUACUAUUCAAGUUCUCAAUACUGUAUACAAUAGGAAAUAUAAAAAUUCUGUAAGGAAUAUAAUAGCGGGG